AUGUCAUUCUAUAAACCCAAAAACUCUGUUCAAGCUUUGUUAGAAAGAGAAAUACAUUCUUUUAAACCUAAUACCAAUCAUGCAAAUAAUAGACAAUUUUACACAACUUUGUUUCCUAAUGAAACAAUAUUUGUUGUUAAAGUUCCAAAUUUUAUUAAUCUUCGAAGAUUUACGCCCGAUGGAAAGAUGAUUCUAGCUUCGUCCAUUCAUUCACUUUGCUCACCAGAAGAAGCUCGCAAAUACCCAUGUUCUUUGGAUUCUCUUUCAAAAUUUGAAGAUGUUACCUUUUAUCUUAUUGAAAUCGAGACAGGACAGAUAUGUGACAAAAUAACCUUUGAAAACGAGUGUAUUUAUUUGUCUCAUCAUUACGGGGUUGCUCUCAUUGGAAAUUUGUUCUCUGUACUUUCUGUUCAGAAUCAAACAAUUCAUAUACUCCAUAUAAGGGAAGAUGGACAUUUUGUUGAUGAACGAAGUAUUGGAUGGUUUAAUCUUGAGGACGAUGAACUUGUUAUGGCAAGAUAUAGAGAAUUUAAUGACCAAUUUGAAGCUCGAAGACAAAAAGAGGGAAAUUCUUACAAAAAAAGAAAACUUUCACAUGAAAGUUCUAUUUAUGAAGAAAUAAUGCUCCCUCCGCUGACUUCAUCCUCAUACGAGAGUAUAAGUCUAAUUGACAGAAUGGAUUUCGAAGUGCCUUCUGCAAGAUUAAUGUCACCUACAUUACAUAUUUCAACUCAGACCAAUCUUGAAACAAUACAGAAAUUUACGAACAUAGAAGACGACGCAAGCAAAGGUUUGCCUCCAUAUAGUGGUAUCAAGCAAAAACUUCUGGCCUAUUUAUACAAAAAAGCAUAUAAUGCAAAUGAUGGGGGUUCAGCUUUGCGUCAUUUUUAUCAAAUCUUUGAGCAGCUAUCAUCGCUUGUCAUGUGGAGAUUACAAUUUAUUGAUGAGUUUCGUCUACUGCAUGCCGAAAACGCAAUCAAUACAGCCUUCUUUGUAAUAUAUAACUAUCAGAAAUCUGAGAUCGAGUCCGUUUAUGAUAAUGCUUCCGAAGAAUUUUUAGAUGCUUUUGAAAAGUCAAGUGAAACUUUUCAGCAAAUAGCAUUUAAUGAACCAUUUUUAUUCAACUCAACAUAUUCGAAUAAUUUGUAUGCACGAGAAAAUCUAAGAAAGCAUCAAUAUGCUGUGCGAUAUGCUCGAAAUGGAGGGCCAACACAAGCAAUCAAACGUGUAUUGGCAUGUUUACCCUUUAGCUCACAAUCUCGCAGCGAGAGCCCUUAUUUUGACCAAUCACUUUUUAUUUAUGAUGAAAAGAUAAUCUCAGCAUGUGACCGUCCCAAACCUUGUCAAGAUGGCCCAAUAAAGUUUCAUUCUCGAGCCACUGGUGAACUCAAAUUUCAGAUACAUUUGACACAGUCAAACCGAUCCGGCAAUCGGUCAAAGUAA